AAAGCGCUGAUGCGAGGCAGAGGCCGAGGUCCAUCGCAAUAAAACCGCUCCCCACUGUCACCGCCCGGCGCCGGGCUGAGCGAGGAGGGAGGAGGCCAUCGGACGAACGCACAGGAGAGAGCAGAGUGAUGGCGUCUCCCCCGCUGCUGCUGCUGCUGCCGAUGCACGCGCUCGCCGUAGUCCUCGUGCUCGCCCUGUCCGCCCGCGGCGCCGAGGCCAGGCCGCCGCCGCCGCUCCACGGCGUGCGCCCGCUCGCCUUCGACGAGGGGUACACCCAGAUCUUCGGCAGCGCCAACCUCGCGCUCCUCCGCGACGGCCGGCGCGUCCGCCUCACGCUCGACGAGUCCACCGGCGCCGGGUUCGCAUCGCAGGACGUCUUCCUCCACGGCUUCUUCAGCGCCGCCAUCAAGCUGCCCGCCGACUACGCGGCGGGCGUCGUCGUCGCGUUCUACCUGUCCAACGGCGACGUGUACGAGAAGACGCACGACGAGCUGGACUUCGAGUUCCUGGGCAACGUGCGCGGGCGCGAGUGGCGGGUGCAGACCAACGUGUACGGCAACGGCAGCACCCACGCCGGCCGGGAGGAGCGCUACGACCUCCCCUUCGACCCCACCGACGACUUCCACCACUACUCCAUCCUCUGGACCAACGACCGCAUCAUCUUCUACGUCGACGAGACUCCGAUCAGGGAGGUGGUGCGGACGUCGGCGAUGGGCGCGGCGUUCCCGUCCAAGCCCAUGUCCCUGUACGCCACCAUCUGGGACGGCUCCUCCUGGGCGACGCUGGGCGGCCGGUACCGCGUCAACUACAAGUACGCGCCGUUCGUGGCCGAGUUCGCCGACCUCGCCAUCCAGGGCUGCGCCGUCGACCCCACCGACCUCUCCUCGGCCUCCGCGGCGGCGUCGUGCGGCGCGGGCCUGGGCGCGCUCGCCGUGUCCGUGUCCGCGGAGCAGCUCGCGGCCAUGGCGGCGUUCCGGCGCGCCCACACCUCCUACUCCUACUGCCACGACCGGCGGCGGUACCCCGUGGCGCUGUCGGAGUGCGGGUCCGGCAAGGGGCUCCUCCCCAGCCGCAUGUUCGGCCCCGACGGGAUGAAGCAGCACCGGCGCCACAGGGCCGCGCCGCGCGGUCACCGUGGCGCCCAGGACGACGUCAUGUGAACACCGGUCUGAUGGGGUUCGGGGAUGAUAUUGUACGCGGUGGGGAUGCGGGAUGGCCGGCGGGGAUUGUCCGGGAUGGGAUGGGAUGGGAUGGAAGCUCGCCUCAUUGUACCAUUCGCCAUUGGAGUUGUAGGGUCCUGUUUGUUGCCUGUGCUGGAACCCCAUUUCCGUGCCAA